CUAGAAGCAACAGGCAAAUGAAGGCAGCCAUGCCUUGUUAUUUUUCAUUAACUUUGUUAUUAUUUUUCGCAUUUGAAGCUCGUACACUUCUUGUUCUUCCAAGGGCACUCCGGUGCGUGGGUGUUUUAUGACUCAGGAUGUGAUUGAAAGGGCACCAAGGCGUGCACAGUUUGAUAAUUCCUCGUUGUCAACUUCCUUCCGUAGUUUUAGCUUUCAAGUGGAUGUAACAUGGGUCAAAAUGGAUCUGCUCCGGUGUUUUUGAAGAUUCUAAAUCAUUUUGUGCAACUGAUGUGCAAUCAAAUUGAAUGAAAAGAAACAUGCCAUCAAGUGACACCAUGGUUGACACGACGGAAUCAAGUGUGACAGAUAGUGUCGGCAGCAGUAGUGAUGUCUCAAGCCAUACAGCUUGUACGACAGUUGCAAGCCAUCUCAGCCAACGCAGUUGUAUGGAUGUAGUUUGUGUUAUUGAUUUGGUUCAAGCAGAGAACUUGGCACAGCGGAAACGAGCCUGGGAAGAAGUUAAAGAAGCAUGUGAACUUGUGAAUGCAAAUGCUCAUCUUGUUCAAUUUGAAAAGCUAGACUUUGGUGAAACUAAUGUUCUUGACACAUUUUAUAAUGCUGAUGUAGCAAUUGUUGACCUCUCAGUGCAAACUCAACAAAGUGCAUUGUUUUAUCAUCUAGGAAUACGUGAAAGUUUCAGCAUGAAGGAGAACAUUUUGUUGACUAACGAUACUGACUCAGAAAGUACACUUCGUCUGAAAAUUUCUUGUGGCUCUUACACUUUUGUUGCUUACAGCCUGACUAAUCUUGGAGUCUGCCUUGUGACCUUAAGCUCAUGUGUGUCUAAAGCUGGUGGCGAUGAAGCAAUUCCUGAUGCUAAACCCCAUCUAUCUUUCAAGCUCAGAAAGUUACUUCAAGAUGUGGAGGUUCAAUCUAAGGCUCACAUGAAAGAGAAGUUUUUGGCAGAUCUUCGUAAAGCAAGAGAGUCAUAUUCUGGAGAUGAGCUGUCAAAAGUGUUACAUAAUUUGCAGAAGAGGCUUGAUGACCCCAGCAUUUUGUCUGGAGAUGUUGUCCUGAAUUUACUCAUUUCUUUCCGGGAUGUUCAAGACUAUGACGCCAUGGUGACUCUUGUUGAGAAUUUGAAGACCCUGCAUGCCCAGAAGACAUAUUAUAUCAACAAACCUUACAUAGCAUACCUGUUUGCCUUUGCAUUGGCACGCAGAAAUAAAGAAGGUGAUAGAGAGGAAGCCCUUAGUGUAACUGAAAAGGCUCUGGAGACAAAGGAAAAUCAAUUUCCUGAUAUGUUGUGCCUCUGUGGUAGAAUCUAUAAAGACAAGUUUGUGGAGUCAGGCCAUCAAGACAAAGAGAGCUUGAACAAAGCAAUUCACUGGUAUAGGAAGGGUUUUGAUGUACAACCCAAUGAAUAUGCUGGCAUCAACUUGGCUACACUGUUGGUGAUUGCAGGCAAUGAAUUUUCAAAAUCAGAAGAGUUACAGAAUAUUGGUAGAGUACUAAACAACUUAAUUGGUAAAAAAGGCAGCCUCAGUUCUCUCAAGGAAUACUGGGAUGUUGCGACCUUCUUUGAAAUCAGCGUUUUAGCAGAAGACUAUGCUAAAGCCAUCCAGGCUUCCUUGUGUAUGUUCAAGCUGAAGCCGCCUAAUUGGUAUCUGAAAAGCACCAUAGGUAAUAUAACCCUGAUUGACCGUUUCCGCAAAAAAAAUGAUGAGUCUCCACCAACGGCAGAAGAACAAAUAUUUGGAUUUUGGAUGGAAUUUUUUAUUGAAGCAACCAAGACUGAAGGUGGAGAAAAUGAUAUACGAUUUCCUAUGCUGGUUCUAGAGCCAAAUCGUGUUCUUAUGCCAAGUUUUAUCACAGUGAAUUUAGGAGCUGAGGAGAAAUCAUUGCAAAUUUACAAUAUAUGUGUAAAUUGUCUGAAAGGGAAAGAUCGGUGUCAUCAGGUUCAUGAGUGGCUCUUCACAGCCAGCCAAAUCCGAAGUGUCAGUUUGUACAAGAGAGAUGAGCGCAGUUUAUUUCUUUAUGUUCAUCAGAAUGGUGAUGAUUUUCAAUGCUAUCUUCCAUCAUCUAUGUGUCGAGAGAGGUUACACAGUCUUAUACUUGAAAUGACUGCAAAUGAAGAGGGAAUGGUGACUGAUUUAGACACAGACAUCUCUAAAGAUCAAAUAAGCUAUGAAUAUGAUCUAGAUGACAAUGGCAAAAAAGUGAUCUUAGGUAAAGGAACUUACGGAGUUGUCUAUGCUGCUAGAGAUAUCAACACUCAAGUUCGCAUCGCUGUCAAGGAAAUACCUGAAAAGAAGAUAGGAGAUGUCCAGCCACUCCAUGAAGAGAUUCGGUUACAUUCCCAACUGCGGCACAAGAACAUUGUUCAGUAUAAAGGGUCUGCUUCAGAGGAUGGCUUUUUCAAAAUAUUCAUGGAGCAAGUACCAGGAGGCAGUCUUUCCUCUCUUUUGCGAUCCAAGUGGGGUCCACUGAAGGAGAAUGAAGCCACAAUAGCAUUUUACACCAAGCAAAUUUUGCAAGGCCUAAAAUACCUCCAUGAUCAGAAAAUUGUUCAUCGAGACAUAAAAGGUGACAAUGCUCUUGUUAACACAUACAAUGGAGUUGUGAAAAUAUCUGAUUUUGGAACAUCCAAGCGGUUGGCUGCGCUGUCACCAAGCACUGGAACUUUUGCUGGAACCCUUCAGUAUAUGGCUCCUGAAGUUAUUGAUAAGGGACAAAGAGGCUAUGGAGCUGCUGCUGAUAUUUGGUCACUGGGUUGUACCAUUGUUGAAAUGGCAACAGGGAAACCUCCUUUCAUAGAGUUAGGUUCCCCGCAAGCUGCUCUUUUCAAAGUGGGCUUCUAUAAAAGUCAUCCGGCUAUUCCAACUGAACUCUCUGAAAGAGCCAGAAAUUUCAUUCUCCGCUGCUUUCAGCCUGAACCAGAAGCCCGUGCCACUGCUGCAGAACUUUUGGAUGAUGUGUUUUUGACGGAAAAGAAGAAGAGCAUCAAUAUACCAACCUCAAGAGACCUGAACAGAAGUGUUUCAGUUCCUGCUGAAAGAAUUGUAGCACAGCAACAACACAAGUUGGACAAGCAAACCAGUGCAAAUGCAGCAAUAUCACGGUCACCUGUAUCACCUGAUUCAGAUUCUCAUGUCCUAUCUUUGUAUGAAACGGAUUCUGGCAAUAUGUCAAGGAGAAGUUCCUCUGGUGGGCUGCUCUCUCCUGAUGUGGAUCUUAGUACCUCAAGAAGCACGUGUGGUUCUCCUAAUCUUGUGAGCACUACCGAAACUGCUGGAGAACAAGACGGCUUCUAUCUUUUAAGGAAAGGCUCUCAGCUGACAGUUACUCUCUGCAAGGCACUUGAAGAAGAUGAAGACAAGCUUUGCGAAAUUUGGAUAGAGGGUAUUGAAGAGGAGGUUGGAAAUCCUCUCCUCUCCCAUUCUCAUCUCAGGUUUUUGAUCAACUCUCUAAGGACUUAUAUUCUUGAUCAAGACAAGAAAUCUUUGAACAAUGAUUUUCAGCACUUGAAAAAAGAAUUACAAUUUGAUGAUGCUGCAAUCAAUCAACUUCGAUUGGCCAUCUAUAGAUUUCAAGAUCCAGUGAAAGAAAUUUUGAAAAUGAGACACAUUAAGCCACACUGGAUGUUUUCUCUUGAUGAUUUAGUUCGAAGUGCUAUACAGGCUGCCAUAACCAUCCUGUCCCCUCAGCUGCAUCCAAAUAUUGGUGCAGACGAUCAGGGCUGUAGCACUGUUUCAUCAAUCAACCUUCUGAAACCACCAAAAGAGCUUGACAACAAUGAUGAAUGCAACAGUAAUGACAUCAGGGUGCAAAUAGAGCAACUGCGGGAGGACACACUGUGUGUAGUGCAGCAGUUACUGGAAACCCAAAGGGCUGUACAUAGUUUAUUGAGCCAAUCUCUCCAAGAUCUGCAUAAUCAAGUAAAUAAUAUACAACAAAUACUACGCUGUGAUUCUCCCUCUUCACAGGGAAUGCCUGCCUCAAACACUUCUACUUAUCGCUUACUUCCUCAAAUUAGUGUGAGUGAUACAUCUAAUGAGGAUGGUGACUUGUUUGAGUGGCUAGAGAAGUUGGGUGUUGAUAAAACCUCUCAAGACCUUUUCAGAGAUGAGCAGCUCUGUCUAGAUGAUGUUCUUAAUUAUGUUACAAGAAAUGAUCUCUCCAAGCUCAAUCUUCGCAUUGGUGUUGAGCUGCGCAUUUGGAAAGCAAUAUUACAGCAUAGGAAGGAUAAUCGUCAGCUGUUGAGCCAAAGUCAACGUAGUUCAUCUUGUGCUCCACCUUCACCUGACGGAAAUAGUGUGUCAAUUUGAGGUGUAGAUAUUUUUGUGAAAUAUUCAUUGACCAAAUUUAUGAAUUGAAAACUAUGUAACAAACUGUGAUUUUGAUAAUUUUAAAAUAACUUUAGAGGAUGAGUCAUGGUGCUACUAAUAUAAUGCAUAAAAGAAGACUAAUUUUUUUUUGAUGAUAUUAUAAAGUUUAUGAAAAGACUUUAGUGCAUUUGUAAGUUGGUCUCCUUGGGCACCUCAGGAGAAAAGUUGCAAUUUUUUCGUUUUUUAAAAAGCAGUUAUCUUUUCUGAUUACUAUUGUGUCCUUGAAAAUAUUAAUUACAUUGGUCUAGAGGCAUAAUAAUAAAUUUCACUUUGUUUAGGUCAAUUUGACAAGUGGUUUAGAACUUAUCUAUGACUAAUUCAACUGGUAAAUUUUGAUAAAGUGUUAUUGCGUCCAUAUUUCUAUUGAUUAUAUUGUCAUGUGCCAAAAGAAAAAAUCAAACUAAAACAAGAUAGGUUGAGUCUCUCUCUUUCUCUGUGUACUACUUGGCAUAACAAAUAUCUUACGUAUUUUAUUUUCUGGUAAAAGCUUGUGUCACAUGUUUCAGCCUCCUAAAUUUUAUUUAUUAUGAAUAACUAAAGGAUUGUCCCAUGGUUUUUUUCUUUUUUUGCUGGCAUGAAUGAUUAUUUGUUUUAUGAAUGAUACGAAGAGUAACAUCAACAAUACAGCCGAUGAAGUCAUACUUCGAAGCAGGGUACUACCUUCUGUGCUGAAAUUCAUGUGAUUGUUAAGCAGGGUAUUUGAUAGUCCUUUUUAAUGAUUCACAGAUUAAAUAUGUACUAUGGGGGAAAAAUUUUGUUGUCUUUGAAACAUAGUUGAUGCUAGUAUUACUUUACAUUAUUUACUUAGUGUUACCCCUCUGUGCCAUUGUAGAUUGUGAUCCACUAACCAUUGAGUUAAUGGAAGUCAAAUAUUUUUGUAAGUGUAUUUCUUGUUGAAUUCUUGUUAGAUGUUUAUUCUACGUGGUAAUUUUUUUCUGAGGAAUGUGUUUAUUUGCUUGAAAAGACUUUUGAUGCCUAUGAGUCUGACUCUAUAAUUGUGAAAUUUUGUUGACGUUUUGGAAAUAUUUGUAUAGUUUAACUUGUCUCUGUAUAAAUUUGUACAACCCAUAAUUUUGUUUAGAAUGUUUACUAACUUUGUUAUUUUUGAUGUUUAAGUAUUACGGUUGAUAUUUGAUGUCAAUUAAAAUGAGAAAUACUGUCAAUCCACUUUGGUACCCAUUAAAGACAUAUUAAUUACA